AUGGGGGAUACGACUCGAAUGGAGGAACUCUUGAAGAGGCCUCUCUAUGUGUACGAUCUGCCGCAAGAGCUUCUUGCCAGCUUAACGGCCAAAACCACAGGACAACCUGUCGCCGAAGAAGCCGCUGGCCCCUCGGCGGAGGAGCUCGAGCAGGCGGCUCAAGACUCUGCGAUCGCAACUUCCAAUCUGUGCCCUCUAUGUAAUGUCUCUUACAGCACCGUGCAAGACCAGCGCAGCCACGUCCGCUCGGAUCACCACCGAUAUAACGUCAAAUCUCAACUGCGCGGCAAUGCACCAUUGGGGGAGCUGGAAUUCUCAAAAGCGGUUGGAGAGCUAGACGAGUCUAUCUCUGGAUCCGAAUCUUCAGAGACAGAGGAGGAGGAUGGAGACGGAGCCGCCGAAACCACGCUAUCAGCUUUGUUGAAAAAGCAGGCCAAACUAUCUCACCCCGACGAGGAUAGCACUGCAAAUGUGGCGGGAGUCCCGAAAAGCCCACUCCUGUGGUUUUCAAGCUCGGGCCUACCAUCGAGCAAAUCUUUGGGUAUCUACAGGGCCAUGUUCUCAGCCGCCGAGCAGGAGGAUCCCAGGCAUCUUGUUGACACCAUUCGCCGCAAGCAGUUGGCACCCAUCAAAGGGCGCACCAAUAACGCCAGCAAAGCGCAAAAUCCAGCCGCCUCGGGCCCUCAUAUCUUCAUGUGCAUGAUCGGUGGUGGUCACUUCGCGGCUAUGUUGGUCUCUUUGGCACCGGAAAUCCAUCGAAAGCAGGGAGGCGUUGAAGACCGACAAGCGAGAGUGAUUGCGCACAAGUCUAUUCACCGUUAUACCACUCGUCGAAAGCAGGGUGGAUCGCAGUCUGCCAGUGAUGCAUCUCGCGGUGCCGCUCACUCUGCAGGCUCAAGCCUGCGUCGUUACAACGAGGCCAUGCUUGAGAAAGAGAUCAGAGAUACAUUGAUGGAGUGGCGAGACAUGAUCGACAGCGCAGAGCUGCUGUUUGUUCGAGCUACAGGGAAGACGAACCGUAAAAUUCUUUUCGAUAAUUACGAUGGGCAGGUUCUGAAGAACAAAGAUCCCAGAAUUCGAGGAUUCCCUAUCAAUACUCGCCGCGCAACUCAAGGAGAGCUGCUACGGUGCUUCAAGGAGCUGACUCGUGUCAAGGUCAGCGAGGUAGAUGAGGCCGCGCUGGCUGCGGCUGAAAACAAGCGCGCCGGGGUCGAGGCUAAAGCCUCGACCCCGGCGCCGAAACCGCAACCACAGAAGCCAAAGCUAUCAAAGGAGGAGGAAGCUGCCCUGCUACACACAAGUCAAUUGCAGGCUCUGAUCCGCCGCUCUAAGGUUCCUGCCUUAAUGUCAUACAUCUCCAACAACUCAAUACCCCCUUCCUUUGUGUUCACACCCACCGACUCUCCCCAAAAUUUCCGUUGUCCGACACCUCUACACCUCGCCUCAAACCUGAACGCCCCAGCGGUGGUCACGGCACUCCUAACGAAAGCAGAUGCCGACCCUGGAUCUCUCAGCAGCGAAGGUAGAACGCCCUUCGAACUAGCCGGCGACCGAGCAACUCGCGACGCAUUCCGCGUUGCACGCCAUACUCUUGGCGAGUCAAAAUGGGACUGGGAGACCGCCAAAGUCCCUGCAGCAGUCUCCAAAGCUGAUGCCGACAGUCGUGCCGAGAAGGAACGCCAGGCCGCAAAUGAGGAGGAAUCGAGUCGUCGCCAGGCCGAUCUGGAUCGUUUGAAGCGCGAGGAAGCGGAGAAAUCGGCGUCUGCCAGAACCACGAAAUCCGGUGGAAGGACAGUGGGCGCUGUUGAGAAGUCGAUUGCCGAGAAGCGCGAAGAAGAGACUCGUGGAAUGACACCUGAGAUGAGAACGCGGUUGGAGAGAGAGCGGAGAGCGAGGGCUGCCGAGGAGAGAUUCAAGAAAAUGCAAGGAAAGUGA